CUGCCUGUCCCCAACACAUUCUCCCCAGGGUGAUCUGAGCCACAGAGAGGACCGCGGCCGAUUAUGGAGAGCAGAGGCCCACUGGCCGCAUCGCCGGGGCUGCUGCUGCUGUUGCUGCUGCCGCUGCCACCUCACGGCCACCAGAGGAUCCAGGACCCUCCUGCUGUGCACCUCAGCAGUGGUUCAGGACAAGAGCCUAUCACCAUCAUGACCUUUGACUUCACCAAGAUCAGGAAAACCUCUUCCUCCUUUGAGCUUCGAACCUGGGAUCCAGAGGGAGUGAUUUUUUAUGGCGAUACCAAGCCCCAGGAGGACUGGUUUGUGCUGGGGCUUCGAGAUGGCAGGCCCGAGAUCCAAAUGCACAACCACUUGGCCCAGCUUACGGUGGGCGCCGGGCCCCGGCUGGACGAUGGGAAGUGGCACCAGGUGGAAGUGAAGGUCCUCGGGGAUUCACUGCUGCUGAGUGUGGAUGGGGAGGAGGUGCUGUGCCUGAGACAGGUCUCUGGGCCUCUGGGCAGCAAAGUCCAGCCUGUCGUGAGGAUUGCACUGGGGGGACUGUUGUUCCCUGUCUCCAGUCUCCGUUUGCCGCUGGUCCCCACCCUGGAUGGCUGUCUGCGCCGGGAAAAUUGGCUGGACCAACAGGCCCAGACCUCGGUGUCUGCCCUUACCAGCAGCCUCAGAAGCUGCGCUGCAGAGUCCCAGCCUGGCACAUUCUUCCCUCCGGGGACUCGAGCAGAAUUCAGUCUCCAAGACAUCCCCCAGCCUCAUGCAGAGCCCUGGGCCUUCUCUCUGGACCUGGGACUCCAGCUGGCAGCAGGUUCUGGCCACCUCCUUGCCCUUGGGACCCCAGAAAACCCUCCUUGGCUCAGCCUCCAGCUCCAAGGUCAAAAAGUGGUGCUGUCCUCUGCGUCGGGCCCACAGCUGGAUCUGCCUCUGGUCUUGGGACCCCCUCUUCAGCUGAAGCUGGGCGAGUCUGGGGCAGUCUUGAGCCAGAGGCCUAAGAAGGAGAUCCUUGCCCUGCCUCUCUUGGAUCCUGCCUCCCUCCUCAACCUCUGGGUCCAGCCACAGGGGCGCCUCUUCCUGGGGGCUCUGCCAGGAGAGGCUUCUUCGGCCUCCUUUUGCUUGGAUGGCCUUUGGGCACAAGGCCAGAAGUUGGACAUGGACCGGGCCCUGAGCAGAAGUCAGAACAUCUGGACUCACAGCUGUCCCCAGAGCCUAGGCAAUGACACGGACAGCACCCAUUAAACCCCCACCUAAGAAUCCCCUCGAAUGUCACUCGUUCAUUUACUCGACACAUCUUUACGGGGUAUCUGCAACGUACCAGGCACUGC